GGUGUCGACGCAGAUUGUUGCUGUUGCUGUCAACCGCACGUCUUGCUAAUCAAGUCUACGGCGACUUCAGACGCCACAAAGCCCACUGGGUGACUACAAAGCAACUUUGCAAUUACGGACUCUGGCUGCUACUCUGUGAAAGUCCCAGCUUUAAGAGUGUGUGGUAAACAUCACUGUGCAGUGUGUCAGUGGGUGUGUGUAGCACCGUUUUGCAGAGUGAGUGAUGUCUUCAGAGCUGCUGGUAGAUUUGGGUGAAGACCCUGCGACUGCACAGUUAGGACAGCUGAAGCUGACCACGGUAGAUGACCAGCAGUGGCCCGCUGAUGAGUCUACUCUCAGCAAGUCAGAGACAGAUAUCUCCCAGUGCUUUGACGCUGGCUCUCCACACCUGCCCUGGGACCAUCCGUUCUAUGACAUCGCCAGGCAUCAGAUCAUUGAAGUGGCGGGUGAUGAUAACUUUGGAAGGAAGGUGAUAGUGUUUAAUGCAUGCAGGAUGCCUCCACAGCACCAACUGGACCAUCACAAGCUGCUGAUGUAUCUUAAAGGAACACUGGAUCAGUAUGUUGAAAGUGACUACACUCUGAUCUAUUUCCAUCAUGGGCUGACCAGUGAAAACAAACCCUCUCUCAGCUGGCUACGAGAUGCAUACAGAGAGUUUGACAGAAAGUAUAAGAAGAACAUCAAGGCUCUGUAUAUCGUCCAUCCAACCAUGUUCAUCAAGACUCUGCUGAUCCUCUUCAAACCAAUCAUCAGUUUUAAGUUUGGCAGGAAGAUUAACUAUGUGAGUUAUCUGAGUGAGCUGGAAGAUGUGGUGAAGUGUGAGCAGUUGCUAAUUCCUGCCCGUGUCAAAGAGUAUGACAACAAGUUAAGAGCUUCCGUUAAACCAACCGUCCAGCCUCCCAUGUCUCCUCCUCACAGCCCCCCCCUCCACAGCCAGGUGUUUGGGGUGCCACUUGCAUUGCUCAGGCAGAGGAAUCCAGAUGGUGAUCCUGUUCCCGUGGUGAUGAGAGAUACCAUUAGCUUCCUUUGCGAGCAAGGUUUGGAGAUUGAAGGGAUCUUCAGACGGUCUGCCAAUGUGACUCUGGUGAAGGAGGUCCAGCUCAGAUACAACUCAGGUGCAACGGUGAAUUUCAGGGAGAUGGAAGACGUCCACUUGGCUGCUGUGAUUCUGAAGACAUUCCUGAGGGAACUUCCAGAGCCUCUGCUGACCUACCAGCUCUACAACGACAUUGUCAACUUCACUUAUACUUGUACGGAUACGGACACACGGAGCUUAAGAAAUGCGUCACCGAAGAGACUGGGGCAACGAUCAAGCAAAGAUGCAGUAUCCAGUGAAAGGCAGGUGGCACUUAUGAAGACACUGAUAGAGUCGCUGCCAGAAGAAAACUAUGCACCACUGCGACACCUCAUCACAUUCCUGGCAAAGGUAUCAGCCAACAAUGAAGUGAAUAAGAUGACCAACAGUAACCUGGCUGUGGUGUUUGGUCCUAACCUGCUCUGGGGACGGGACAACGCCAUGUCACUCAGCGCCAUUGGGCCAAUCAACAACUUCACUAGAAUCCUGCUGGACCACCAGCAUCUGGUCUUUACCUAAACCCUGCCCCUUUACCCUGCAGUCUCUCUUCCAGUCGGAAACACCCUUUUCCAUUAAAACACCAUACACUUUAAAAGGAUCCCGUGGACCAAUUGCAUUUAAUUUUGUCUCCCACCAGUCUUUACAUUCUGAUUGGCACAUAUUGUUGAUGACAACAGCAGUGUGGACUGCUACUAGCUUCUGGCCAGCAUUUCCAUUUGCAUGUGACUCUAGUAAAAUGGCACAUACAUUAGACUGCAGACAAAUAACCCUCAAUAAACAAUGUAGGCAGAGAGAUUUAACUUUAAAGUGCCAGUUAUUCUUGAAAGUCGUGUAUUUUUGCAGCUUUGCUUUUUGUCAUUUUGAUAAGUCAACAGAGCUGCCUCAGUAUCCAGUUUUGCAACCAGUGAGUUGGAGGAAAUCACAGAAUUUGGGGACAGUUUUGUGAAAUCAAAAUCAGGGAGUGGAUCUUCACAAUUACUACUACAUAACAAAAAACUAGAUGAUAUGAGGUGAAGAUCUGUGCCUGUGCAGGUUAUUCCAACUUGCAGAAAUAGUUAACUCCAGUGAUUGUCCUUAAAAAAGUCUGCCGACUCACAGAAGUGAGAAUGUAAAAAAAAUAUACAGAAUCGAAGAAGGUGGAGAUAACCUGAAAUUCAGUCUAGCUCCAAAAACACUGGAACCUUCAUUUCCCAUAAUGCAGCUUAUUAGAGUAUUUCAUCAGACCCUAGCUGCCUGGUUAACUAAGUCUUGUAACGUAAGGCUUUCUGUUAUAGAUUUGUAGUCCAAACAUUACUUUCUCACAUUUGACACAGCUCCCCCAGACACAACUGUCAGACUGAAUAAUGAAGUGAAAGGAAAUGGUAGAUCAAUGUCCUAUAAUAAUAAUGCUAUAAUAAACAUAAUCAGGGAGUGUAUAUUUAAGGACAUAAUUGCACUCAAGUACAAUUGAUUAUGUUGGUUCCAGUGUGAAUGCCACUGGCUGAAGUGCAGGCAACCUACAGUUAUUUCACAUAGUACAUUUCAUCACCCUAUUACACCCAACAACCCUUCAAAAAAUCCUGUCCUAAUUGCAUAUAUAUAUAUAUAUAUAUACACACAUACAUGUGCUGUGCUGUUGUCAGACUGUCUCUCUGCUGUUUUUUUAUGUAGUGACAAAAAAAAUAAUAAAACUGGCCUCCAGCAUUCACAUGAAUUAUCACCCUGCUCUGCAUGGUAAUACAUGAUCAGUAAUAAGUACAGAUAAUGAAGCAGUGCAGUUACUGUACAAAACGUAUAGGAUUCUGAUCCCAAACUUAAAGAGGAGCGAUAGUGGCCCUGUUCAGACCUGGCAUUAUAAGUGAACAGCUCUGAGGUUGUUAACUUAGAUCAUGCGGCAAAAACUGCAGUUCAUUUUGAAUGGUGAUAGUGUGAUCACCCGAUACGCAACUUAAUGCCAGUUCAGAACAGGGCAUAAGAGAAUGAAGGUCGGAUUUUCCAUGUCCUUGAAAGUCUCAGGAUCAUUUACAGUAGUAGUAAACUUGGUACCAAAUGUUGUUGACAAUCUUUUAAAUGCUGUAAUUAUAGUAACCAGUAGAAAAGGAGCUGUGUGAUUCUACCAGCAGAUGAGUAAGUGUUUAGAACCCAAAAACAGCUGUGCAUGUAGAUGAAAUAAGUGCUGGUCUAAUAUACUCUGUAAUAUCA